AUGAGAGGUUCUAUGCAGUAUGAACGUAUUAAUGGCAAAGCGGGUCCCAACAUUUCGGAUGACGCGGAUGAAGAGGCCCAGUGCAUGCUAAGAGAAGAGCUGGAUUUCGAAGAGUCACUACCAAGGAGUACUUCAUCAAACAAACGACGAGGAAUCUUUGGGCUUUUACAAGGGCGGGAUCCAGCUCGUCCAUUCAGCAUCCGUCCGGUCUUUCCGAAGCUGCAGGAAGCUCCAUCCAGAUACCUCGAUUCUUUAGCGGUCAGCAAAAAAGUCUUACUUGCAGUAGUCCUCUUCGCCUGGUUUGUCCUGUUCGCCUGGUUUCUGAGCUCGAAGCUUCCAGUACAAGACGGUAUCGGUAACCCUGUAAUUAACCUGGAUUGCCUCGAUACACUCUGGCGGCGAAAGAAUGAGUGCGGUGUCGAUGGAGUAGAUUGCCACCCCUUCAGCAAUCACACCUUUGCCUUCCGCUGUCCAGCUAAAUGUGGCGAUGAAAUGCUGUUAAAUCCACAUGUGGUUGGACCACAAGAGUAUAACUAUCGCCCACUCGUCGUUGGAACAGACACGUAUCGCGGAGACAGCGUUGUGUGCGCUUCUGCGAUCCAUGCUGGCGUUAUCAAAGAUGGUGUAGGAGGCUGUGGGCGUAUCAUGUUGACCGGGGACUAUUCACUCUUCGCAAGUUCCAAAAGUCAUGGUAUUGAGUCGAUAUCUUUCGACUCCUAUUUCCCACUUUCAUUCACUGUUACCUCAGAUGAGAAUUUCCACUGCAGUCCAGACCCACGUUCUGCACUUCUCCCCAUCUCCCUCUUCUUCACGGCUUUGCUUGCAGUCUUUUCAAGUUCACCGAAAAUCCUCUUCCCAAUCUUCGUCAUCAUAUUCGCACACGUCAGUUUUGUAUCUGACCCGCCGACGGCAUCGUACCGGAACACCACCGUCCUCCCGGACCACAUUUCCAUGUUCGCAAAGCGCCUCCUUCCAGCAAUGUUCGUCACAGUAGUGAUGUACACAGUCACCAUCAAACGUACACUUACGGGGAUAACUGCACACUUCGAGAAGGCAAUCUUAUGGCUAGGAGGUUUCUGGAUCGGCGCACUUGAAAACUACACCUUCGAAUGGAUACCCAUCUCGCGCCUCACCGCACACGACCUGGAGCAACAGCCUGGUGCAAAACUCGCCCUUGGAAUCAUCAUCGUCAUCCUCUUCGCCAUCGUUCUGGGUCAGAUAUACUGUUUUUGGAUCGAAGCGCGUUUAGCACGCCACCUUGCCCUGUACGGCCUUUUCAUCCUCGCAAUUCUAAUCUGCUUGAUGAUCCCCGGGCUCAACCUACGCAUUCAUCACUACAUUCUAGCCCUGCUUUUUCUCCCAGGGACGAGCCUGCAGACGCGUCCGUCGUUGCUAUACCAGGGCAUAUUACUCGGCCUCUUCAUCAACGGUGUUGCGCGCUGGGAUUUUGCUUCCGUCCUGGAAACCUCGGAGGCACUGCGAAAUGAUGGGCGGUUCAAUUCUGUGGUUCCACAUAUGUUGGACCCGGUUAUUACAGCCGUUUCGGGAGAAACUACGGCGUCGUUCAUGUGGGAGGAGCAGCCUGCUGGUGUCGAUGGGAUCAGCAUGCUUGUGAACGAUGUUGAACGCAGUCGUAUUUUCUUCAAUGAGCAUAGAGAAGGUGUAGGUGAUCGGUUUGAGUGGAAGAGACCGGCGGAUAUGGACUUGAAUGAGUACUUCAGAUUCGCCUAUAUGCAAAGUGGGACGACGCUGGACUACUCGAUUCCUGGGACGCUGUUUAGGAAUGGGACGUAUGUGGCUGGGGAUCUGAGUUCGGCUGAUGAAUGA